ACAAGUCCUUUUGUCCUGUGCUCAUUUCUCAUUUCAGAGUCCUCCGACCAAGAACAGAAAUGGCCACCAUCACUGCGAGCAUCACCCCCACCUCCUCCAUCAUCCGGGCAGCUCUAGUCCACAAACCAUCAACAAAAGUUGCAUCCCCGGCUGUUGUUGGGUUGCCAGCAAUGGCAAAGAAGGGAAAAGUGAGAUGCUCCGUGGAGAAUAAGCCUGCUGUGGAGGAGCGUGGCUCAAACAUGGGUGUGGGUGCAGCAUUACUGGCUGCAGCCUGUGCUGCUACCAUGUCAAGCCCAGCCAUGGCUUUGGUGGAUGAGAGAAUGUCUACUGAAGGAACGGGGCUUCCCUUUGGGUUGAGCAACAACCUCCUUGGAUGGAUCUUGUUUGGUGUGUUUGGACUGAUUUGGGCUUUUUACAUCGUUUACACUUCCUCCCUUGAGGAGGAUGAGGAAUCCGGCUUGUCACUCUAAGCAUAAGUCGCUGAAGUGCCGAAUCCCUCUCUCUCAUGGUGCUUGCUGCAAAUAUCACGCCUAAAAGGAAUGUAGAAAACCCAAGAGAUUGGAUCCCUCUUUCCUUUUCUGUUCACUGUGUGCAUUAGUAUCUAAAUAUUUGCUUGUUAGUACCAUAUUUUUCCCUUUUGAGUUCUAUUUGUUACGAUACUGUGCUAGUUCAUCUCUAUGAUGUUCUUCAGUUAGUUGACAUGAAACUGCCAAGAAUAGGAUAGGCCUCUGCCCUAGUGGCAUGAGCAACACAUGACGAAGAAACAUUGAAUCAAACACAGGUUUUGGC